AUGGAGAUAUUCCCAGAAUCCAGCUUCUUCAAGGAGCGACGAGCGCCUGCGCUCCCUACGCCAGAUGAGAUUCGAGCAAUUAAUAAAGCAACGGGCGGUAUACGCAGCACAAACUUUAAUCGCCCAACCCCUGUCAUCGUCCCGUCGCUAGGGCUCGUUGUCAAGUACGGUGCCGACGUGGCCAUCGUCGAAGCCCAGAUACAAAUGAUGGUACACAAGCAACUACAGGACCGAACGUUGGCGGAAAGAUGGCCUAGUAUGAAUGAAAACGAGAGACGAUACGUCUGCGAAGAACUCAAGCAAAUGGUUAAUGCCUGGAGGACAUUGGAGCAUGGCGGGCAUGAUCAUUUUAUCGGUAGUUUAGGGAAACGGCCACUUAACGAAAUCUUUCUGAGAAACCACUCGGCACUUGCUGGGCCGUUCCAAGGGGCAGACACAGUCCAACCAGUUCAAGCUAGUUGUGACAUUGACAUUGACCUCGAAGUGGCUUCGGUAUUCACACAUGACGAUCUUGUCCCGUGUAACAUCAUCUUGUUGUCCGGACCUGUUCCGAAGGUGGCUGCAGUUAUCGACUGGGGUCAAGCUGGGUGGUAUCCCACAUACUGGGAGUUUUGCAAGGCUCGGCGGGUAACGCUACUUCCCAAAUACUUCGACAGCGUCUCUCAAGAAGAGUGGCAUAAUACGUACUUACCGAUGAUUAUAUAUCCAGUGGACGAAGAAACCUACUACUAUCCUUGGCUUUGGUUUGUCUUGUCUAAGGGCAUAUAG